UUGACAAAAGUUGUAAGAAAAUGGAACAAACUAUAUUUACAUAAUAUCCGGAACAAAACAUAUUAACAUUUAGCAACUAAAUUUCGCGUACACUUUUGUUGUUGGCGACUAAUCCAUCACAACGCUGCUGUAAGCUCUUUCAUUAAACUAAAUGCAAGUUAGAGGAUUAUAUUCAACUAUUCAGUCAUUCUUAAAUAAUAAAUAUAUUUCUAUUCUUUGAAUUAUUGCGGUUAUGAUAACAAAAGAUCGAUUACCCACUUGUGGCAUAGAGCGCAAAGCACACGAAUGUCCAAUACCAUUACCUGCGUGCAUAUUACAGAAAGAUGACGCUGUUGACUGUGAUAAGUGCAGGCCACCGAAUGGUGCACAUCAGCAUAUAUGCUUGUGCAAACCAGAUCAGCCAGGGUCAAAACAUUCAAGUCAACAUGAAACGUCGACUAUAUCAGAAUCUCAGUCGCCACAACAACAAAGUAGCGUAGAAUUUCAGCAAUCAAUUGAAAAUACGAAUAAUGAGCCUCUUAACGGAACUAGCAGUCGUGAAAAUACAAACAAUCCGCUGUCUACUAUAAGUUAUAACAAGCAAGAGAAGAUUUCUCCAGCACAUAUAAGAUACAUGGACGAAUGGGAGGCAAUGGGCGUUAUGUUGGCAACAAAUGGUCGUGUUUGGGGGUUAGAAGAUAAGGGAUUUGCACGACAAUACAAGGCGGCCUUAAGCGCGGUAAAUACUAAAUUUGAAGAGGAAGCUGCCAAUAUGGCUGGACGUUCAACUUAUUAAUGUCAAUUAUAGUAAUAUUAUAUCGUGAACUUAAGAGAUUCGAUAUCUUAUUGCUUGUGCUU